GGUUGCUGGACGAUAGGCAGACCUCAAACAGGUAGUGCCCAGCUUGUCAGAAGAGGCUGCCCCCGACGCAUCCAUCCGAGCACUCUUUCAAGGCGGGGCCGUGAUUCCCCCCGCUCGGCGCCGAGCUUGCAAGAAGCAAAUUGGUGCUGGCAAAUGGAGGCCGCACCCUCCGAGGCGCCGGCCCCGGCGCGGCCCGCGCAAGAGGCCAAAGGUGGGGACGCCCCGGGCCCAUUACUUAACACUUUGAGCGUCGAGGCGACGGCUAGAUUACUUGCUGAUUAUUUUCACGUCGAGGAAGAUGUGGUAAGGCGGGGUUUUAGAAACGUGGACGGCGCGACGCUGUCCUUCUACACGGACGACGAACUCAGUCAGGCGGGUGUGACCAAUGCACCUCUGCGACGACGGAUGCUGCUGGAAUUGAAAAAGUUUGGGGCCGAGGGCGUGCCUCCUUCGGCCAUCGUGACGAUGCGGGACGCCGUGACGUCGCCGACGCUGCCUCGGAGUCAUUUCGACAACGUCGAUCGGCGCCAGGUCGUGCCGGCCGAGGCCGUGCAGGUCUACCCGGCCAUUACGACGACUCGAAGCGCGCCUUUGCCUGGGCGGUUUUCCGCGCCAUCGCGGUCGCAGUCCGGCCGUGCUGUUGAUGAAGAGCAACGACGUGAAAGGCAGCGGCGGAUCUUGCGGCACAACAGCGGCGCGCAGUCGAUGAGCGCCCUCGACACGAGUGACGACGACCGGCCCGCGUCCUCGGAAAGCCGAGGGUUCCUCAAGCGACGGUCGCGGGACCUCACGAACUUCUUCCGCGGGCUGGGACGCGCGUCUCGCGGCUCGAAGGACGACUUGGCCGAAACAAGAAGAGAUACGAGGUUACAGGGCGAGUUGCGGAGAUACGCGAAUACGGCCUUACCGUCGAAUAUCACGGCGAUCCAUCCCGAUGAUAGGAAUGAUAGUGAUGAUGAGUGCGUCCAGUGGGUCGCGGACGUCGUCUUCGGCAAGCAGCGCGCUCCAGGUCAAGUCAUCAUAAGGCUGCCGCCGAACUACCCCUUUGCCGGGCCGGUGCUCUCAUUUAGAGAUAGAGAAGUGCGCUUCGUCCUCGGCCAGGGCGGCGUGCGCGACGACUGGGACAUCGUGUGCGUGUGGACGCCGGCGAUGUCCGUCGCCGACGCCGUCACGGAGGCGCUCGCCGCCGUGAACCAGGCGGAGUUCACGGACGCCGCGAACAUGUUCGCCGAGGAGGAGGCCCUGUCUCGUGUUACAAGCUCCGUGCGGUCGGAGCCCGACGACGAUCGGAGAAGGGCGCCGUCGUACGACGACUUCGCGUCGUCGGGCGCCGCCGAGGCGAAGGCCUAAGCUACUGUGUUUUGCCGGUC